AUGUGUCUGAGGCCAACCCCAAUGAGCCCGAACACACAGGAGACCCCCUCUAACCUGACCCCCUCUAUAACCCCACCUAACCCCAACACACAGCAGACCCCCUCUAACCUGACCCCCUCUAUAACACCACCUAGCCCCAACACACAGGAGACCCCCUCUAACCUGAACCCCUCUAUAACCCUACCUAACCACAACACACAGGAGACCCCCUCUAACCUGACCCCCUCUAUAACCCCACUUAACCCCAACACACAGCAGACUCCCUCUAACCUGACCCCCUCUACAUCCCCACUUAACCCCAACACACAGCAAACCCCCUCUAACCUGACCCCCUCUAUAACCCCACCUAACCCCAACACACAGCAGACCCCCUCUAACCUGACCCCCUCUAUAACCACACCUAACCCCAACACACAGCAGAACCCCUCUACAACCACACCUAACCCCAACACACAUCAGACCCCCUCUACAACCCCACCUAACCCCAACACACAGCAGAUCCCCUCUACAACCCCACCUAACCCCAACACACAGCAGACCCCUCUACAACCCCACCUAACCCCAACACACAGCAGACCCCUCUACAACCCCACCUAA